AGCAUGAACCCUGUCUGUGUUUGUGUUGUUUAGCCACUAUGAAGAAGACAGUGGGCGGAGCUAACGGCUGGCCUGCGGGGACUCUGGGAUUAAACGGACAGACGACCAGCAGCCUGGACGGAGUAAGCUUCUCUGAGGGGGAGUUACUGCUGCAGGCUCUAAACGGCUUUGUGAUGGUUAUAACGUCUGAAGGUUAUGUGUUCUACUCCUCACCUACCAUACAGGACUACCUGGGUUUUCAUCAGUCGGAUGUGGUGCACCAGAGUGUGUUUGAUCUGAUCCACACUGAUGAUCGGGCCAUGUUCAGGAGACAGCUGCAUUUUGCCCUGAAAUCCACACAGGCUGAGCUCACUGAUGAUGCUGAAAGCCUCCAGAAAAAGAGCAGCAUCGUCAAUUACAAUCCUCAGCAACUGCCACCAGAGAACUCAUCCUUCCUGGAGAGGAGCUUCUGCUGCCGCUUUCGCUGCCUCUUAGAUAACUCUUCCGGCUUCCUGGCCCUGAACUUCCAGGGUCGAUUGAAGUAUCUUCACGGCCAAAACAAGAUGGCUGAGGAUGGCACUCUGGCGCAUCCUCAGCUGGGUUUGUUUGUCAUAGCUACGCCACUCCAGCCGCCCUCCAUCUUGGAAAUCCGAAGCAAGACGCUCAUCUUCCAGACCAAACACAAACUGGACUUUACACCUAUAGGCAUCGACACCAGGGGGAAAGUGGUGCUGGGUUACAACGAGAUCGAGCUGUGCAUGAGAGGGUCUGGUUACCAGUUUAUCCACGCUGCAGAUAUGAUGUACUGUGCCGACAACCACCUGAGAAUGAUUAAAACUGGUGAAAGUGGUUUCACGGUCUUCCGGCUGCUGACCAAGUCAGGAACCUGGGUCUGGGUGCAGGCCAAUGCCAGACUCGUCUUCAAAAACGGACGACCAGACUUUAUUGUGGCACGACAGAGAGCUUUAACGAAUGAGGAAGGUGAAGAGCAUCUUCAUCAGAGAAAGCUACAGUUGCCCUUCAGUAUUGCCACUGGGGAAGGUGUGCUAUAUGAGACAACCCCUUCUCCAGACAUGACUAACAUCUCUAAACAAAUCAAAGGGGGAAAGGUCAGCAAGCCUGCCGUGCUGCCGCCAAGCUCACUGCUGAGCUCCAUGCUGAAGCAGGAUGAAAAUCUCUACCAGCCCAACAGUGAGCCCUCGCAGUUCUGCCUGGAAAAGGCAUUCCGGGACAGCCACGCCCUUGUCAAUGUUCCCGGAAAGUCCUGGACAGAAGCAGAAAGGAGCACUGUGGGCAUCAAGGAGGAAUCGACAGUGCAGGACAUGAUGGACAGCUUGCAGCAGAUCAUCGGAGACAGCAGCAUGUGUAACCUGGAGGAGCUAACCCUCGACCAGGAGGAGCUGAAGGAAUGGGAGAAUGCGUUGCUUCGAAUGAACAACAUGAGCGGCUUUGAGAUGUCCGUCGAGCUUAACGACAUCCUGGCCAACGACAUCUUCUUGUACGUUGAGGACGUUCUGUUCAAGGAGUGCAGCCCCAACAUGAGCGACCAGCUUCCUGAGUGUCUGUCCGAGCUGCAGCUUCAGGGAGACCUUAAUGACCUCCUAGGCAUUCCAGAAGAAGGUCUUGAUACAGGAAGCCCAGGCAGAGGGAUAAUGAAACUUGCCCACAUUGGGCCAGAGAUGCCUUUGGGGCAGCAGGUAAAUUCUGCAGAACCAUAUGUGGAAAUUUGUGAAAGCAUGAAUUUUGAUUCUUCACUUUCUGGGCAACAGAACCAGGACAGGCUGGUGCAGCAGACAGCAACAAGCCAUCAAAACCAAGCAGAGCUCGGACUGAAUGUUCAGAAUCAUAUCCAAGGUGGAAACCUGGUCUAUCCCACCAUUCAGAACCAUGUAGGCUUUUAUAACCAGAAUUCUGUCCCGCUCAGUCACGUAGUCAAGCCGAGAGGUCAGUGGGUGGGGCCUCAGGCACCCAGCAGCAACAAUAUUCCACAUUCACAAAACGCCCUGUUAAACCCUGCACCAAGUGCCUGCCUCCGGGGGGCAUUUUCUCUCAGCAAUCAGAGCGUAGACAAUCAAAGACUUGCGACAUGGCAGCAAUCCCAACCGUCUGUUCAACCCAAAGUUCCCAACAUUCCCAACGUACAGAACAUCCCAAACGAUCAUCUGCAUGGCCAUACAGUCCCAUUCACUAGGUUAAUACCGCAGUCUAACUUUGGCUCGGGGUCCAUUUCUCAGCCGAAUGUAAGGGGUAAUGCACUUCAUGGCCAACUGGUGGGGCUUGUGCAUCCAUCUAACGCUGUGUUUGGGCAGCAGGGGAAUCAUUUGCAGACAUCUAAUGCAGUGUAUAACCAGCAGGGGGAGCUGCUGAACAGCACGACUCCCGCACAUAUUAGCAGUUGCAUGUUCGAGAGUGCGAUUCAAACCCCCCCGAACGGUGUACGCUACAGUUCGACUGGACAGGACACGGCGAUUCCGUCCUGCCAGACCGAGUUCAUGGCGCCGAAUUUGCCACAGGGCCCGUACGGGUUUCAGAGCAGACCCUCUGAGAACUUAACGAGCAGUGUGGGCGUGGCACCGGACAGCGCCGUCACCUGCCACCUGCAGCAGCAGUUCCUAACCUGCAACAGCCAGACGCAGAUCUCGAAUUGUCCGGUCAAGGAGAGCAGACCAUUUCAAUUUGCCCCUGUGACGGGGGGGACACUGUGCUUCACCAACAACACCCAGAAUGACAGUUUUUAAACAGGAAAAAAAAAUCCCUCGUUUUGUGAACGGAGAAAGAGAAGAGAAGGCGGCAUGUCCCUGUGAAGACACCGUACACGCUUCUUCAUAUUCAGACUCUUUCCUUUUUUUUUUUUUUUUUUUAUUGCAGCUGAAAUACACAAACAGGAUCGAAGGCGGAGUUCCAGACUCGUUCACGGACGCCCCCGCCAGACAGACUGUGAAACCCUAUACGUUUGCUCACACACUCGUCUAUUCACUCGUUCGUUCGUCAAUUUGUGUCUGUUUUCUCACUUCCUGCCCGAAGAAGUCCAGAAGGACAGAAAAGUAUACUUUUGUGUGUGUGUGUGUGUGUGUGUGUGUGUGUGUGUGUGUGUGUGUGUGUGUGUGUGUGUGUGUGUGGCAGAGAGGAGCUGUUCGGAGCUCAGUUAUGAAGUAUGCAGUAGAAAAGAUGGAAGUUUUUCUUCACGGGGGAUAAAACGAUGCUCUGGGGGAGGAGAAAAGCCAUUCUAUAGACGCACACUCGUUUUUAUUCUCUCUAUUUAUUCAGAAAGAGUAGUCACAGAGAAAAAGGGGGGGGGGGGGUUCUUACUGCUCACGUGUUCCCUUUCGGGUUUCUCUUGAUGCACUUAAGAAGGUGAGAUCAACACCUGUAAAAAUGACCGAUUGUAAAAAUGAUAAAGGGGAAAACCAAAAAAAAAAGACACAUCGUGUCCUGCAUCCAAAGAACCAAUGGCGUAGCACUAUCGUAGGAUUCCGAUCCAAUCAGCCUGUGCAGCUGUGUUAUGUUGGGCGUCGUCUAAUUUAUAUCACUCCCACAGCGCACAUCUGUGGGGGAUGAAAACUACUGCCUGACUGACCGCUAAAGCAAACUUUUCUUCCAUUUUUUAAAUUUUAUUUUAGUUGUGUUUGUUUUAAAUAGGGGAAUUCCCCGGCCCUGAAAUCAUCCAGUUCCCAACGACACUAUGAUCCCUGUUAUUAACACGGGGACAGAAAUGCACAGGAGACACAAUUGGAACCGGAUGUAUUUUUUGGACAUUUGGUCUGGAACAUCGCCGGGGGGAAAAAAAAGGAGAAAAAAAAGGCAUGGAUUAUUUUUUUUAAUCCCUCAUUUGAAACCUUUAUCAUUUGCGUAUUAUUACGAUACAGUAUGCUAAUCACGAUAAAGGAUUUCAUAUGUCUACACAUUCAGCUUUUCUUCUUCUGCUUUGAAAUAUGCUUUUCUUUUCAUAUAUAUAUAUAUAUAUAUAUAUAUAUAUAUAUAUAUAUAUAUAUAUAUAUAUGUUGCUACGUGCAUUUAUUCACGUCAUUGAGCCAUUUCUUUGUUUUGUUUCCGUGUCUGCUUAUGUAGCGCUAAUCAUAACCGUAAUCCUCACACAGUGCUAGCAUGCUAACUUGUGGCUAAUCUCAGCAGUUAGCUCGGCUAGCGUCUCUCUUUUCCCUGUUCUUUCGAGAGCCGGUGCAGACGAGUGAAAACACUUCAUAACCUUUGAGUGCGCAGAAACCCGGGACGCAAAACCAGCCGGCGAGUUUUCUUUAUUUUUUUUCCUUUCUUUCUUUCUUCCGCUCGUUUUUUUCCACCUCCGUCAGAACGUAUGUAACGACUCCCGUCCCGCCCUACGUGCCUUAUUGCUCCUCUGACUCUUUAGGGUUAUUUUGUUGUUGUUUUUUAUACGACUCUAUACAUAUAUAUAUUUAUAUACACACAAAUAUGAAUAUAGCAUUAUGAGCGCGUACACGUUGCUGAACCUGCCAGCUAGAAACGCUUUCAUACCUCAAUAUCCAGGACAUAUGACUGACUUUACUUCUCUUCUCAUUUUCCUCCCCUGCUAGUCACCAAACGUUCUCUUCAAGAGAUGCUAACGGCUUCGAGUUUUAUCUCCACGCCGGUCUGAUGGUUUGACUCGGUUUCUACAGCGUGUUCGAUUUUAGGGAGCCCAAGAAACGACUCCACAAAUUUUUAAAACAUGCAGUGGACCGGGUCCAAUCUAAUCCAAUCCAAAGUCUGAUUCCAUAGCCUGUAGAACUCCAUUCAUUGCUUCAUAUGGCUGCACUGGAUACGCCCACACCCCCCAACCCAUACUGGCCAAAUGUUUUUGGACACCUGACUUUUCUUCCCCAAACCUGCAGGUGCACAGUUGGAUCAGACAUCUUCAGAUGCUGCAGCACGACAUCUCGCCUUCGCUUCAACUAGAUUUCCAAUGGAUGUGUGUGGAAGAUCUCGAGUGGCCUGCUAUCGAGCUUAACCUUAUGGAACACUUUUGUGGCCGAAUGAAUCUCACACAAAUCUCCACAAAACCUGCUGGAACAUCUUCCCAGAAAAGUGAGCUCAUUAUAAGACCAAAUGGGGAAUCAAUGUGGACUGGGAUGUUCUAAAAAGCACAAUCUACCAGUCAGGUGUCCACAAACUUUUGGCCUUUUGGGAUAGAUUUGAUCAUCUCUUAUUCUCACAAUAAUAUCUCCUAAAGAGAUCUACAAUGUGAUUGGUGCACCUUGUGGGCGUUCCUUCACCACCAUGAUGAAAUCCAUGACUGGUUUUCCGAUUGAGAUCUGACUGCAGUAUUGAAACCGAUCUGAUCUUGGAUUAGAUUUUUUUUCGGAGUGGCGGGAAACGCGACCUUGAAUUCCACUCAGGAAAUGGACUUCUACAGAACAUUUCUGGUGAUUGGACUUCCUGGCAAGGAGAUAGGAUCAGAGAGAAGGUGAGAUUAGAUUUUACUGCAGAGGACAGCGUCAAGUUUAGAGGAUUUAUCGGACCUAUCGCAUUGAGAUCGUGUUAGAUUGAUAUGUAGACUGUGUAGAUGGUCUGUGAUGAGAUCAGACUGCAGAGAUGCUUUUGUAAAAAAUUUAUAUUUAUAAGAUCAGAUCUUCCUGCAGAGAUUGUGUUUUGAGAUCAGACUGACUUUCAUAUAUUGUGUUUUGAGAUCAGAUCCACCUGCAGAAAUUGUUUUGAGAUUAGAUCGACCUGUUUUGAGAUCGGAAUUGACUUCAACAUUGGGUACCGAGAUCAAACAAACCAGCAAAAACCCAACUUCCUGAUUUUAGAAUGGUCUAGAGAUCAGAUAGACCUGGAGAGAUAGCAUGGAGAUCAGAUCUUCAUACGGUAUGAAUAGUUCUGUAGACCAGACACAGGAGCAGAUGACCUUGUGCACUUGGGAGUGCACUCUGCAGUAGGAGACUAGCAUUUGGAUUUGCACAACCAGGUUCGUGAUCAGAUCCGGGACGCCCCGGGGGGGGAGCGAGAAAACUGAAGUCCAAUUUCCACUAGUGUUGUUCAGAGCCGUGAAGUUCAAGGGUCAAAGUCAGCUUUCAACUCCGAUUCUUUCUCACACAUCCACUCAUCCAAGUGCCUUCAGAAUCUUCUCUGAUGUUCUACACGUUCCUCUCACUCGGAUUAGGGCAAACAAGGAGGAGGGGAAGUUGUUAUGCAAAAUAAAUCCAAAAGAAAAAAUAGAAAUAUUGAAAACCAAACAUCGGAUGCUUUACUGAUAUUUCACAGGAAAUUGUUCCGAUUAAAAAGAAAUGUAGGAAUUUUGUAAUAAUUUUUUAUAACAUUUUUGGUGAAGAAUCCAAAGGAGCGAUGUUCAGAAACGACUGAUGGAACGGUGAAACGACUGACGGGCGAAGGUGUUUUUUGGGCUGGAAUAGCGAUUUUCAAAUGCACAAGAAUUCGUAUGUCGACAAUCCGAUCUAAAAUACAGCCUGGAACAAGCCAGGAGGGUGUGAUGAUUAGACUCUGAUUAGACUGUCUGAUCCAAUCAUUUCUUUUAGAGAGAGAGAGCUAAGUUACCAAGGUUGCUAAUUACUUAAGUUGUGUGUGUGUGUGUGUGUGUGUGUGUGUGUGUGUGUGUGUGUGUGUGUGUGUUUCUAGCUACAUUUAAUACCUAAAAGUUUGGGCUCCAGUUACUUUGCUAACUAGUUUUUAUUUUAUUUUUUUAAUUGCACCUCCUGAAAUGUCCAGCAGGGAUUCGGUCGCUCCAAAUUUGCCCAAACAGCCCAAAGAAACGACCUCGCCUCAAGGUCAUCACAACAUUCGGCCAAAAUCUAUAUUUUUUAAUGUUAAGCGAAUAAAAUGAUUAAAGCACUUGAUGGUUUCUGAUGUUUUCCCCAUGAUGAUUUUCAUCCAUCUCUUUUGAAAUGCAGUAUCAGUGUAUGAUUUAUAUUAUUAUUAUUAUUACUUUUAUUGUUGUACGUUAUUUUGACGUCUUUGUCCUCACAGACUUUCCUUGUGCGCAGUUUCCCCGCGCACCAUGUAAAAUGUGCAUCCUUUUGUUUCUUCGCCGAUGAUAUUGUAGUAUUUUUUGUAUGAGCAGAUGUGUUUGCUGUGCCUGUCCAUAUUUACGUCUUUAUAUCAUUACAAGCAUUCAUUAUGCCCUCACACA